AUGACUGAAAAUAACAUGGAAUCCAUUAGUGAUAAUGAAGAACUCAUACAAAAAGUAAAAAAAAGUCAACCUUGCCAUCUGGUUUGGCAGUAUCUCUCAUGGAAUAUGGACAAGACUUUUGCUUCCUGUGAUCUAUGUCAACAACAAUAUGGUUCUAAAACUGGUGUUAGUACGAUCAAAGGAUAUUUCAUGACAAAUCAUCAAAACAAGUGGAAAGAAAUUAAAAAACAAGCUAUGAUUACUAUCAAGCCAGUUGCGCAAUAUAUUAAAUUGGAUGAAAAAAAGAUUGCAAAAUUAAAUGUUCUAUUUCUUCAAUGGAUCAUACGCGAUCAACAAUCAUUUUCAAUUGUCAGUGAUAGUGAUUUUCGUGAUUUUGUGGAAGCUCUAAAUCCCCAAUACAAGUUAUUAUGUUGGCAAGUUAUUUCUACAAAGGUACAACAUCUGUAUGAAGAACAAUGA